GAAUUCGAGAGCACCCUUAUUUCCCUCCUGCUCUCAGCCCCAGCGCCUCUGACCCUUGGCUGGACCCUCUCCUGGGCAGUGGGCGAACAAGCCCUUCCCCAACCCACCUCCACCUGGAGUGACACAGACUAAAGAACACUCCCCAAGCCAUUUUGCAGGUGGGCACAGCCUCCCUCUGCCUCUUCACAGCCUCACGCGCUCCCACUCGUUCACAGACCUCUUGCUUCCCACCUGAGCGCUUGGGGCUCAGGAAGUCCUGAGGCAUGAUGCCUUGCACCCCUCCAUUUCCAGGCUUUUUUUUUUUUUUACGGUUUUUCAGUCACACCUGACAGUGCUCGGGGCUUACUCCUGGCGCUGCACUCAGAAACUACUCCUGAGUGCUCGGAGACCAUGUGGAUGCUGGGGGAUCAGCAGUGUGGAAGGCAAGUGCCCUACCCGCUGCUUUUUCUCUGCCUCCCCCCUCCAAGCUUCUGUCUCCUUUUUGGUUGAGGGGGCAGUGAGGGCUUUCCGAUCUAAGGAUGAGCAAGAGUCCUCCCUCUGGUCUAAGGAGACUUCAGAUUCCUGGGAAGAGGACGGGAGGGUGCAUGUCUGGUGACCCCUGGGCUGGGUGGCCAGCGGCUCCCCUCCCCUCUGCAACGUCACUGGAGCUGGACGAGGAGCAGAGGGCGGAGUCGCCUGACCAAUAAAUCAGGCGGUCUCGGGGCUGCCACUGCUGUCUCGGGAGCCGCCUCGUCCACAUCCUGCCCAGCUCUGCCAUGGCCAGCACUGGGCAAGGCUUGCUGCUGCUGCUGCUGCUGCUGCUGACAGCCCACCCGGGACCCCUGACGGCUCAGCACUGGUCCCACGGUUGGUACCCUGGAGGAAAGCGAGCCUCCGACUCACCCCAGGACCCUCUGCCUGCCCCAAGGCUCCCAGCAGGCAACCCGGGCCAGACUGCAGAGGGUCUCCCAAGCAGUGCCCUGGCACCUCCUGAGGACGUGGAGCUCUGGGAGGGCAAGACCAUGGCCCUGGGGCCCCUCCGAGAGAAGCAGCGCCUGAUGCAGACAUUGCUGCAGAGCCGUGCCCGAGCUGUCCCCCGACGCCCCUCGGCCCUCCAAUAAAGAUGCGGUCUCCGAAGUCGUUGCCCG